AUGGAAACACACAAUGGAACAGUGCUAAAUGAAUUCAUCCUUAUGGGAAUUACCGACCACCCUGAGCUGCAGGCUCCAUUGUUUGGGCUCUUUCUCAUCAUCUACGUGAUCUCAGUGGUGGGCAACUUGGGCAUGAUCAUCCUCACCAAGAUGGACUCCAAGCUACAGACACCCAUGUACUUCUUUCUUAGACACCUUGCUUUUACAGAUCUUGGUUAUUCAACAACUGUGGGACCCAAAAUGUUAAUAAAUUUUGUUGAGAAUCAAAAUAUAAUCUCCUAUUACUCUUGUGCUAUGCAGCUAGCUUUCUUUCUUGUGUUUAUUGUUAGUGAAAUUUUUAUUCUGUCAGCAAUGUCUUAUGACCGCUAUGUGGCCAUCUGUAACCCUCUUCUCUACCCAGUCAUCAUGUCACAAAGAGUGUGCUGGGUGCUGGUAGUGAUCCCCUAUGUCUACAGCACGUUUGUGUCUCUUCUCGUCACCAUAAAAUUAUUAUCUUUCUGUGGCUACAGAGUCAUCAGUCAUUUCUACUGUGAUAGUCUUCCUUUGUUACCUUUGCUCUGCUCAAAUACACAUGAAGUAGAAAUGAUUAUUCUGAUUUUAGCUGGGUUUGAUUUGAUUUUCUCUCUUCUGAUAGUUCUUGUGUCUUACCUUCUCAUUCUCACAUCCAUUCUCAGGAUGAGCUCUGCUGAAGGUAGGCACAAGGCUUUCUCUACCUGUGGAUCCCACUUGACUGUGCUCAUAGUGUUCUAUGGUACUUUACUAUUUAUGUAUGUGCAACCAGGGUCCAGCCAUUCCUUUGACACUGAUAAAGUGGCUUCCAUAUUUUAUACUCUCGUUAUCCCUAUGCUGAAUCCAUUAAUCUAUAGCUUGAGGAAUAAAGAUGUAAAAUGUGCACUACAUAGGGUGUGGAAAAAAUCACGCAACCUUUUUUAUUAA